GAGCCCGCCAUAGAGAAUUUCUGUUCCAAGCAGCAGCGACCUCAGGACGUGCUCCGCAUAAAACAACCCCACUGGAUUCAACUUACGAUCAAGUACUCCUCACAAUGCCGCCUCCUCCUAGCCAUCCAGGAGCCGUCGGGCCAUCGAACUUUGACAAGUUCAAGAUGGGAGCCUUGAUGGGCGGAACUGUCGGCGUAAUCAUCGGCUUCAUCUUCGGAACCGUCAACAUCUUUAGAUACGGCGCCGGCCCGAACGGCAUCAUGAGGACACUAGGCCAGUACAUGCUCGGCUCUGGCGCGACCUUUGGCUUCUUCAUGUCCAUCGGCAGCGUGAUCCGGUCUGACGCCUCGCCCAUUGUUCAGGAGGCCUAUCUCCGCGCCCAGAGGCGACCCAUCGUGAUGGCGUCACAGGCUUUCCGUCCCUACCAGUCGACGCGGCGCGACUACUGAAACGUGGAAGCUUUCGAAACGUUGGCGCGCGUGCUCGGGACGAAAAAUACGCUCCGCAACCGGUCCGAAGCGAUAAGCGCACGACGAUGUAAAAUGAUAUGUGUUGUAUAUACAUCAUGUGGUUUGCCCGACUGGGCGGAAUGGGACGGCGUUUAGGAGGGCAGAAAACAUUCAUCCAUACCAUACCAUACCACCAUACCAUACCGAUGUGGUCUUAAUCAAGCCAUUUCUCAAGUCAGCCCAUAAACUCAUUCAAUUCCUCGGCGGGUCGUCGGCAACCAACGGUGCAGCUUACGUGCGGCCAGGCUCGACUUCGAAACCUCCGGCCGGCACGUGCAAAUAGU